AUGUCGGCUCCCAAGGACCCCAGGUGGAAAUUCGAAUCCUUAAUACGACUUAUAAGGUCUCUCAGACUUCAGUCCGCGGCGAACCUCUCCGGCUUCACGAGCCCCUCAAAUACUAACAACGUGCACCUGGAAGCCUGGAGAGGGUGGGCAUCGCCUCACCUCGGCCCCGGCCCGCACGGGGAAACCUGCCGCUCAGGCGUCAACCUGCUUCCAAGCGUCUCCGGGAGGAAGCCCGCGCUCGGUCCCUCGGCUCCCGCCCCCGGUCUGGCGCCCCCGUUUACCUGUCGGCUCCAGACUCAGAUGCGCUCUGAGGGGCCGCCAGUGAACCCGCAUACAUUUCCUAUGUGA